UAUAAAUAUAUAUAGUUUCAUUGUUUACUUUUAUUAAAAAGCACGUGCAAGCAUGAUAUAAACAAAGUAUGAUGUAGUAAAGAAAUUAAUUGUAAAGUAAAAAAGAAAAGCUAUAAUAUUUUAUUAUUUAAUCACUGUUAAUAAUUUCUUAUUAUUGAAAUUAAAAUUUAAUACAAAAAUGUUUUCACGUAUUGCAAAACCUUUUUAUCUUUAUUCAGCCGGUAUAAGUAUCAUUGGUGGUGCAUACAUAUUAAAAGAUUAUCUUAGUGGAAAUUUAUAUGAUAAUACUGACAAAUUAAAUGAUAAAAUAGUUAUUGUAACAGGAGCAAAUACUGGAAUUGGUAAAGAAUUAGCUCGUGAUUUAGCCAAACGAGAAGCUAAAGUUAUAAUGGCUUGUAGAGAUAUGGAUAAAUGUGAAAUUGCACGUCGUGAUAUUGUAAUAGAAAGUAAGAAUAAAUUUGUUUAUUGUAGGGAGUGUGAUCUAGCAUCUCAAGCAAGUAUUAGAAAUUUUGUAAAGCAAUUUAAAGAAGAGCAUAAUAACCUUCAUAUUCUCAUAAAUAAUGCAGGAGUAAUGAGAUGUCCUAAGAAACAUACUAAAGAAGGAAUUGAAAUGCAAUUUGGUGUAAACCACAUAGGACACUUUUUAUUAACAAAUUUGUUAUUAGAUGUUUUAAAAAUUUCUGUACCAUCAAGAAUUAUAAAUGUUUCAAGUAGUGCACAUAAGCGUGGAAAAAUUAAAUUGGAUGAUUUAAAUAGCGAAAAAAAUUAUGAGCCAGGUGAAGCAUAUGCACAAAGCAAAUUAGCUAAUAUUCUGUUUACAAAAGAAUUAGCAAAUAAAUUAAAAGGAACUGGGGUUACAGUAAAUGCAGUACAUCCUGGUAUAGUACGCACAGAAAUAAUGCGACAUAUGGGAAUUUAUCAAUACUAUUUUGGUAGAUUGCUUGCAGACUUAUUAACAUGGAUAUUUAUAAAGACACCUUUAAAAGGAGCGCAACCAAUUUUAUUUGUUGCAAUAGAUCCAUCUUUGAAUGAUGUGUCUGGAGAAUAUUUUGUUAAUAAUAAAAUAGCAGAUGUUUCAAGUGAAGCAAAAAAUGAUCAAAUUGCAAGAUGGCUAUGGGUAGUUAGUGAAAAAUGGACUAAAUUAAAUUAUAUGUAAAUUGAUUUAAAUAUAAUAAAUUUUAUUAAAAUUUA